CAACAACCUACGGAGUUGGUAGAAAAAAAUAAACCAAAAAAAUUGAAACUUACUCAAAGCUGUCAAUUGUCUACAAAAUAUACACCAAUUAUUCCAAAAUUUCAAAGCCAAAUAAUCCUACAACAAAUGAAUUCAUCAAUUUUUACACAAUUUCAAUGACUCAGUGGACGACAGAAGGUAUGGUGAAUCGUACACAUUGGAAUGAAAAUAAUGAUGUUAAAAUCAGAAACCAUCCGUUCACAAGAAUGGGUGCCUUUUGUUACUCAACAACAAAGGCUCAGAAAUUUAAUUCAAAUUAAUGGUUACAAUCUUUGUGAUGAUCCAGAUUGUACAGCUAAUAAAUCUUCAUUUUAUUACACAUUACAUUUAACAACAAUGUGUGCUCCUUUGUAUACUAGCGAAAAAGUUUGUGGUCGUAAUCCAAAAUGGACUAAAAUGGAUAUUUGUAGUUCAAUUGGAUCUGCUAAAGCUGUUGUAAUACGAUUGUGGAGAACUACAGAUGACCACACCAAAGUUUUGUUUGUUUGGGGAAUUGAACUUAGUGGUCUUUUGUAUAUAACCCCGAUGUCACUAGAUCCAAAAAUGUUUCAUUCUAAUUCUUUAGUAUUUUGUAUGACUGGAGGAAAUUAUACUGCUCCACAUUGCAUUGCUGAAGAUCAGCCUACUUUAGCUCGAAUUACUCAUCUUACUUUACCCUCAAAAGAUGUAAGAAUAAGUGGUACACUUUUACAACUAACAAGAAUGCAUAAUAUUCAACGAAUUACUAGUAAACAAAGGGAAGCAGCUACAUUAUUAAAAGAAAAAGUAAUUCAAGGUGAAAUUGGUUUGAAUGAAAAUCGAACAGGAAGACAUCAAAGUGCUACAAUUCGUAGAUUAAUGAACAAAGAAAUUACCCAAAAACCAUCUCGUCAAAGUAUUUUAUGUAGAAGAAAAGAAAUUGAAUUAGUAAAAUUUAGAGUAUUGUUGCUAUGUCAAGAAAAAUCUCGUAAAAUCGUCCUUCUUCGUAAUAAAACUCAAACUAGUAAAACAUUUUAUGAUGCAAAUUUUUUAAAAAAUAGCAAGCUAAUUGAAAUGAACGAAACACUUAGCAGUGAUAUACAUCAGCUAAAACAAUUGAGUAAUACAUCUAACUCGAUUGACACACUGUCAGCACUAAAUAAUCAACUCAUUUAUCGGAAAAAACAACUUGUUUCAGAACUUAACUUUAUAUAUCCUAUUACUGAGGUCAACGACAAUAUUUCAAUAUGUGAUGUCCAUCUUCCGAACUCAGAGAACUUUGAUGGUUGUAAUGAUAUUCAAUUGAGUAUUGGUCUGGGUUAUGUUGCCCAUUUAAUUCUUAUGAUUUCCUACUUUUUAAAUAUUCCAUUAAGAUAUCCAAUUAACCAUGUAGGAUCACGUAGUAAAAUUAUCGAUCAUAUUUCACUAGAUAUACAAGAUAGAGAACGAUUAUUUCCUUUGUUUGGUCGAACUAAAUCUCGAUUAGAAUUUAAUUAUGCCGUUUAUUUGCUAAAUAAAAAUAUUGCACAACUUCGUUGGUAUAAUGGUUAUAGUACUAAUGACUUACGUACAACUUUAUACAAUUGUUUAGUUUUGUUGCAACCACAAUCAAGUUUAUUAAAACUACAAAAUUCAAAAUUCACUUCUUCAAAUUCUUCGUUAGAGUCUUCUUUAAACAUACCACCAAGAUCUUCCCGAGAUGUUUAUAAAGAAGACACUAGUAGUUCAGAUGAUUCAAAAAUAAAAAGAAUACCACAUUCUUCAUCAGAUCCGUCACUAGCUGAAGAAAAAACUCAAGCAUAUAAUGAUUUUAACUCUUCAUAACAUGUAUUGAAAUCACUCAAUUUAUAUUGGCCAAUGUUACCGACUGUUAUAUUGAUUAAACAUUUUAAGACUGGUCUGUUUGAUUACUAAGUAAUUUUUUUAUUCAUUAUUCUUAUUAUCGUUUAUUAUAUUAUAAUAUAAUAUAAUAAAUAUGAAUAUUUCAUUAUUAUUAUUAUGUAUUAAUAACUAAAUUGAAUGCUAUUACAACUAUUUAUGAGUACUCAAUAUAAUUAUUAGUUUUUUUAUGAUAUACUCACACAAAUAUUUAACAAUGUAAAAAUGUAUUUUAUAUUAUUAUUUAGUAUGUAUGUUAUUACUUAUUAGUUAUUUAUAAUAAUAAGUAGCUUGCAAGUAUUUUUUUUUCAAUUAUCUGUCAAAAAAUUUUGAAUAUGUAGUAAUAUAACAGUAAGAUAUAAAUUAUUUUAGAUAUUUUAAUUUAUUUAAUAAAAUAGAUAUAAUUUCUAAAUUAUAUUAAGAAUACUAUAACUCAGGAGUGGAAAUAUGGAAGAGCCAAAAUGUAAAAGAAAAAAAAAUGUUAUUAUAUAAUACAUAAAUUCAUAUUAAAAAAAUGUGUUUGUAAUAAUGUUACGAUAAGAUGCAAGCCGCAAAAGUCUAUUUAGCUAUAUGCUAUUUGGCCACCCCUGCUAUAUUUGUUAACAUAAACUAGGUCAAAAGUCUCUAACCAUAUUUUAACAGCGUGUCAAAUAUGAAAUAUAUUUUGGAAUGCAAGGGAGAAUAGUUUGAAAGUGAGAGCUUGAAAGUAAUGAAAUUAAAUAAAGAUAAGAAUUAUUUCAUUAUUUUAUAAUUUAUUAAAUAUUUUAGUUUUAUAAUUUGUAAAAAAGUAUAAAAUAUUAUAUGUUCAUAAUUUAAUAAGAAGUUUGGAAUUGCUCAUUAAUAAGCUUAAACUAAUAUAUUUUCUAAAUGUCAGAUAGCUUAACAAGCAGAUUUUAAUAAAAGUAGGUGGAGGUCAAAAACCAUUGAUCUAGGUUAUGGAAUUAUUGUAAUUAAUUACAUAUUAAAAUCUUAGACUAAUACUUUUUUGUUUCUAAAUUACACAAUAAUAUAUGAUGUCCAUAAUAUUAUAAAGUUAUGCAAUGUAUAUGAACAAAAUUCUCAUGUGAAUAGUUUUAAAUAACGUAACAAAGUUAUUAAGUAUUAAUAUUUAUAAGCCUUCUUUUAUGUUUUACAUUAAAGAACACUCCUUAUUUCUAAAAAAAAAAUAUUUAAAUGUUAAUAAACAUGAAAAAUAAAAAAAAUAAGGACUUUCUAUAGGCCCAUUUUUGACCAGUUUUUAUCCACUUAAUAUAAAUAUGAACUUAGUUUGACUUGGGAGAUACACCACAUAAAUAUAAUUUUAAAAUAAAUAUGCUAAACUCAUUUUUAAAACAAGCAUAGUUUGAAAUUUUAAAAUAUUUUAUAAAAAUUAAUAGUGUAAUCAAACUUUUUAUUCAACAAUUUAAAAGGAAUAUUUUGUUUGUAAUGAUAACAAUACAAAUUUUUCCCUAUAAAAUGUUGAUUCUUAUCGUGUUAACAUUUGUAUAAAUUAAUUAAUUUUUUAAUAACAAAAUAUAAUUUAAUAAAUAUCAAAUUGUGUAUGUAUGUAUAUAUAUAUAUAUAUAUAUUUUUAAUGUACACAUAAAAUGUGUUUUCAUAAUAAAAACACCACAAUAAGUAUUAUACACUAAAGCAGGGGUGUCCAACUCACGGCCCGCGGUUGAUUUCUAUGCGGCCCUCACUUCAAUUUAAAAACCAUGAAUUAAUUGUAUAUAAUGUAUAAAUAAAUAUAUUUUUCUGUGUACUUAUAAUUAAAUUACUAAAUAUUAAUACUUAUAAAACUAUUUCUGCUUAUUAUUUGCUGUUGUAAAACUAUAAAAAAAUGUAUUGUUGUAUUAUAGAGUAUAAUUUGAUCAUUAAA